GCAGCAGCAGCAAUAGUGUGUGCGUGUUGAUGCUGAGGAGGCCCCCAGUGCAUCAAGAGACACAGCCUCCAACUUCCUCCUCGUCCAGCUCGACUCGGUAACUCUGGCCGCCUUCAGGCUCCUACACACCGGGGAGCAGCGAGCCUGCGCGGGCAGAGACUCCAGCGUCCCUCGCUCCCAACAAGCCACCAGCGGCGAGCUCAGACUGCCGCCGCCGCUGCUAAACGGGCCCUAAGUGGCUCGCACCGAGCCCGGCCUACUUCCCCACCCCCCGCCGCCCCACACACAGCCUAGCCGGAGAGGAGGAGUGGACCUCGCUGCCAGCAUCGCCCGUGGUGCUGCGGUGUCGGCGUGCGUGGAUGAGCCGCUGGAGACGAGGCAGAGAUGGCUGUUCUCAAGCUGGCCGACCAGGUAGAGCCGCUAGCCGCCGCUAGCUUUAGCCUGCUCUCAUCCAACAUGCUUGCCUCCUCUCAUCCAGGCCAUCUUUAGCGCCGACCCCGAGGAUAUACGAAUGCUCAUAUGCAAGUCUGAAGACAUCAAUGCUCUGGAUGCUGAGAAGCGUACUCCGCUCCAUGCUGCCGCCUUCCUGGAUGAUGCCGAAAUCACUGAACUCCUCAUCCUCUCAGGCGCCCGGGUCAAUGCCAAAGAUAACAUGUGGCUCACCCCACUCCAUCGGGCUGUGGCGUCCCGCAGCGAGGAGGCUGUACGAGUGCUGAUCCGCCACUCGGCCGACGUCAAUGCCCGCGACAAGAACUGGCAGACGCCGCUGCACCUGGCCGCCGCCAACAAUGCGCUGCGCUGCGCCGAGGUCAUCAUCCCCAUGCUGAGCAGCGUCAACGUGUCGGACCGCGGCGGACGCACCGCCCUGCACCACGCCGCCCUCAAUGGCCACAGAGAGAUGGUCAACCUUCUCCUCGCUAAAGGAGCCAACAUCAACGCUUUCGAUAAGAAGGAUGGGCGGGCACUGCACUGGGCCGCUUUUAUGGGUCACUUGGAUGUAGUGUGUCUACUGGUGAGUCAGGGGGCGGAGAUAAGCUGCAAGGACAAGCGAGGCUACACCCCCCUGCACACGGCGGCCUCUAGUGGACAGAUAGCGGUGGUGAAGCACCUGCUGUACCUGGCCGUAGAAAUCGAUGAGUCCAACGCCUUCGGGAACACGGCGCUCCACGUGGCGUGUUUCAACGGCCAGGAGGCUGUGGUGAGCGAGCUGAUCGACUACGGUGCUAACGUCAGCCAGGCUAAUAACAAAGGUUUCACACCGCUGCACUUUGCCGCCGCCUCCACGCACGGAGCGCUCUGUUUGGAGGUCCUGGUCAAUAACGGUGCCGAUGUCAACGUACAGAGUCGAGAUGGAAAGAGUCCUCUUCACAUGACUGCUGUCCACGGUCGCUUUACUCGCUCUCAGACUCUCAUCCAGAAUGGCGGUGAGAUCGACAGUGUGGACAAGGACGGCAACACGCCGCUCCACAUCGCUGCUCGCUACGGCCACGAACUCCUGAUCAACACGCUCAUCACCAGCGGAGCCGACUGCACCAGACGAGGUGUCCACGGCAUGUUCCCUCUGCACAUGGCGGCCUUGAAUGCUCACUCGGACUGCUGCCGCAAGCUUCUCUCCUCAGGCCGGAGGUUUAGCAUAAUGUGUAACGACUCGGUCCUGUGUGCAGGCUUCCAGAUCGACACCCCCGACAGUCAGGGGAGGACCUGCCUGCACGCCGCCGCCGCCGGAGGCAACGUGGAGUGUGUCAAGUUAUUGUUGACGAGCGGCGGCGACCACAACAGGAGGGACAACUGCGGCAGGACUUCGCUCCACUAUGCCGCCGCCAGUCGUCACUACCAGUGUCUGGAGACCCUGGUGGCUUGUGGGACCGCCAUUAAUGCCACCGACAAGUGGGGGCGCUCUGCUCUGCACUACGCUGCAGCUUCUGAUCUGGACCGAAGGCGUCGUGUUGCUCUGGAGCCUGAGAGUGAAGGAGUGCAGGCGGAGAGGGAGAAAGAGGCGGCACUAUGUUUGGAGUUCCUGCUUCAGAGCGGAGCGACGGCCUCUCUCAAAGACAAACUAGGUUACAGUCCAGUGCAUUACGCUGCAGCCUACGGACACAAACACUGUCUGGAGCUGCUGCUGGACAGAGAUGACGGUUAUCAUAACGACCCGGAAUGCCCUAACGCCAGGAGUCCCCUUCACCUGGCCGCAUACCAUGGUCACGCUCAGGCCUUGGAGGUGCUGCUGCAGGGUGAGAGGGAGGUGGACCGUGUGGACGAGGCCGGCCGGACCCCUCUUGCCAUGGCGGCUCAGCGGGGUCACACAGACUGCGUUCACAUCCUGCUCAGCCAUGGGGCGUCGCCGCACACUUGUGACACGCAGCACGGAGGCACUCCAGUGCACUUAGCAGUGAUGAACGGCCACACGGAGUGCGUGCGCCUCCUGCUGGACGAUUCGGACAGUGCGGCCCUAGCAGACGCCGCUGACUCUCAGGGACAGACCCCUCUGAUGCUGGCCGUGGCAGGGGGUCAUGUGGACGUCGUGUCUCUGCUGCUGGAGAGGGAAGUGGACGUCAACAUGGUGGACAACCACGGCAUGACAGCGCUGCACCUAGGGCUGCUGUGCGGCCAAGAGGAAUGCGUCCAGUGUCUUCUGGAGCAGGAGGCCUCCGUGUUGCUUGGCGACGCACAGGGUCGCACUGCCAUCCACCUGGCGGCGGCGCGCGGCCACGCCUCCUGGCUGAGCGAGCUACUGAGCAUCGCCUGCCCUGAACCAGACUCGCUGCCCCCUGUCAGAGACCACCACGGAUAUACACCACUGCACUGGGCCUGCUACCACGGUCACGAGGGCUGUGUGGAGGUUCUACUGGAGCAGAAGGGUUGUCGCUGCAUUGACGGCAACCCAUUCACGCCACUGCACUGUGCUGUGGUGAACGGCCACGAGGCGUGUGCAUCUCUGCUGCUGGAGGCCAUGGGCUCAGCCAUCGCUGGCUGCAAGGAUGCUAAAGAAAGGACUCCCCUCCAUGCGGCAGCCUUCUCGGGUCACGUGGAUUGCGUCCAGCUGCUCCUUUCCCACGAUGCACCAGUGGACGCCGUGGACCAAUCGGGUCGCAGCACAUUGAUGAUGGCGGCCGAGAAGGGUCACACUGGGGUCGUUGAGGUUCUGCUCAACAGUGCCCCCAGCAGCCUCCAUCUAACGGACAAAGAUGGCAACACCGCCCUGCAUCUAGCUUGUAAGAAUUGGCCAAAGGAACAUAGUAACUCAACUGCAGACAGUAUCAAACGUUUAUCAGAGGGGAAAAAGAGGAGGCGUUUGUUAGAGGGAAAAGAACAGUGCGUCCUGCUAAUCCUGGACAAAUUGUCCGACUCAGAGCGAAUCAACGCCACAAACGCCGCGCUGCAAACCCCCCUCCACCUGGCGGCUCGUAGCGGACUCAAACAGGCGGUCCAGGAGCUGCUGUCGCGUGGAGCCAACAUUCAGACGGUGGACGAGAACGGUUUGACCCCGGCUCUGGCUUGCGCCCCCAGCCAUCAGGUGGCAGACUGUCUGGCUCUCAUUCUGGCUACCAUGAUGCCUUUCUGCUCCCCUUGCAGCUCCGGGGCCCCCUCCCCGGGUUCCCUGCUGAGGCAGCUUCACCCUAAGGCGCCCAGAGGCCCCCCCGACAACGCCCGACCCCGUGGACCUCGCAGCCCACGGAACCCGUCGGGACCCUCCAGCGAGGGGACCACAGAGAACGACUCUGAGGAUUCGGAAACGUUCUGACGUUUUGAGGUGACGUCUUCGGACUGAAGGAGAAGGUUGCAUGUUUGUUCUUUCACGGGUGCUCAAAUCCAAACUGACCUCGAUACUCGGUCUCCGCUUGGUGAGACCUUUUUUUUUGUCUUUUACCAGAAAGGCAGAAAAAAAAGCCAUUUUUUAACUUUUUGUACAAAACAAAACUAAAUGUCCUUUUAGUAGUUUUUCCUAAUAGGCUGGUUUGAUCAACACAAAUAACGUUGAUCAAACACGUCGCCUCGCAACGAUACUCCGUGGCCGACGCACUUAUUAAAAAUAGCUGACUAAUUGUCUCAACAAUCACUUUGUUACCUGAAGCACAAAGCUGGCUUGUUCGGAAAGCACUCGAUUUUUCCCUUCUCCUGCAUGCCGACAUUCGUGAACCAGGGUAGCCGACGUUAGCAACUUAAAAAAAAACAAAAAAAAAACUAACACACCGCCGUUAAAAUCACCUGACAGGAGGUCUUCCUCUCUUCUUUCUUUGUUUUCAUUUUACACAGCGGUACAAAAACUGCCAGCACUUAAAUGUAAACAACACAAGGCCUUGACCUCUUCUAGCUCCGCCCCCUCAACCUCCACGUGACUACUUACCAGCAACGUGCCAUCAAUGCAGUGCCUUGACGCUUGUUUUUAAAACGACAUUUCCUACUAAUUCAAUACAGUAGAUCCCUGCUAUUUGCCAAAGGCCAAAAACCGUGACUAACGGACACACCACUUUUUGAUGCCUCUCGGUUAUUAACUCAUUCAAUCCCAGACAAGCCCUUCACUACCGGCCAUUUUCGACCAUUUUGACUGGUCUUUCAAGGCACACAGAAUAUUGUGUUUUACGGCUAUAUAAACAUGGAACCUUUUGUUUCUACCCUUUUCCGUUCUUUAGUAAUCAGCAGUAGAAACACAGGUAAGUUUCAGGACAAUAUCAGUUCCCAACUACAUAAGGGAGAAAAACAGCUUUUUACAUUUAAAAAUAACUUUCACUUUGACACAAAUAUUUGGACAUUGAACUUGUGACUGUAGUAUUCUACAUUGGUCACUAGGUGUCAGUAAUUGCUCGUUGAGACAAGCACCAGACUUGAAACCACAGGCUUUUAUUGCAUAAUCCCACAACAGGCAUGACAGCAAUAAUAUAAUAAUAAUCAUAAUAAUAGCACGGGCUACUGUUGCUGCCGUAGCCCACGGCAAGCUAAAACUCAACUCUGAAUCCCCGACUUCCUGUCCCCCACACGGAACACAUUUACUGCGACACACACAAGCACACCUUUUAUUUUUGUCUUAAAACGGCUUAUUUUCUCUGAUCAUGUCUACUAUAUCGGGUAAUACACACGUAUGUCUAGAGGGCUCUCAAGUGUUCAAAAUCAUAUUUAGAAGCUCGUAAACAGGUUUUCUCUGCCAUAAUUACAUAAAUAUUACAUUUUUAAAGAAGGAGUCCUACUUUACAGUCGGAUCUGAAACCAAUUAACCACGAUAAACGAGCAAUGACUGCAUAGCAGGGGUCUCCGCUUUUUUCCUUGUGAGAGCUACUUUUACAAAAUGAACAUGGCCAAGAGCUACGCAUUUUUGUACCGUUUAUUUUCAUAGUUUAUUUCAAGCCAAACAAAGCCAAUAUGUUUUACCAGGACAUUAUCAAAAUGCUGGUGUCCACGACUCACAUUUUGUAUUGAACGCUGCAUUUCUCUCUAGUGUUCUCACAUGAAUUGAAAAGCAGGCUUGCCGGCGCGUCAUGUGCCCGUGGGGGGGCUACCUGGUGCCUGCGGGCACCGCGUUGGUGACUCCUGCUGUGUAGUAUUUUACUUACUAUUGUAAAAUCAUCAUUUCCAUCCUUACAUUUACUUGUCAAAGCAUCUUCCUGCUGGAAAAUUGAGUGAAUUGGCUUUUGUGAGGCAGCACCCUGUCUGCAGAUAGCAACAUCAAGUCACUUUUGGUUCAAGUUAGCAUUAAACUAUAUAUAAUUUACAAUUUAAAGCAGAAAAGAGACAUCUGUGAAUGUGUGGGGGCAGCGACUGCCGAACUGCAAAGAGCUGGGGAUCUACUGUACACAGUAAGAGGGUCAGGUCACCUAAUCACAACCAGCACAUUUUAUUGCCGUUACUUUGUGUGACUUGUUAGGACGUGGUGGUCACACGUUUACCACGGAGUGUUAGGCCCACUCAGAAAAAAAAACUAUUAAAAUGUAUUGUACUAUACCGUAAUCAAGUAGCAAUACUAUGGGAAUGAAGGUGAAAUAUUACAAGAAAAAACAAGUCUAAAUUGUACAAUAAUAAAGUUGCAGCAUUCCGAGCAAGACGACGAAAUAUUACAGGAAAAAAGUUUUAUAAAUUCCCAACAUUACAAAAAAAAGGUCAAAAUUUUACAAUAAGAAACUUUUAGCAUUCCGGGAAAGACGAAAUAUUAUUUUUAAAAAAGUUGUAAUAUUAUGAUGGGAAAAAAAAUAUUUUAAUGGAAUGAAUGUAAUAUUGCAAUAAAAAGUAAGGAAAAAAGUUGGACAUUGUGCUGGGGAAAAAGCACUUUUUUUUUUUCCACAGGGAUUAAAUUGCAAUAUUACAAAGGCAAAAUGUCAAAAUCUUGCGAGAUAAAAAAAAAGUUAAAUUUUUAUGAGAAAAAAAGUUCUAACUUCACGAUCAAAGUUCUAGAAGUACGAGAAAAAAAAGUUGUCAGUUUACAGGAAUGAAGAUGCAAUAAUACAAUGAAAAGUAAUCAAAUGAAAAGUAAUCCUUUUAAGGGAAUCAAGAACUUACUUUCACAAUUUGUUUGUCCACAGUAAUUUCACAACAGUGAAACAAACAGCGUGGGUCUAAUACUCAUUUGUAGACGUUAAAUAGAUGUGUACUCACAUUUGUGUUGCUCAGUUGGAGCAUGGAAAUGUGGGAGUGUGUGUGUGUGUGUGUGUGUGUGUGUUUUUUGUCACUCCACUGGAGCUGGAAGGCAAACAUUCCCAAUGGUGUUGAAUUAAAAACCAAACUGGUACUAGACUAAACCAAAUGUUCUUCCGUCAUUUGAAUUGUGAAGUACAGAAGCUGAGAAACACGUUGAAGGUCAUGUGUGCUAUUGAUCCAAACCACUAGAGGGCACUUUAGUUAAUUUUGAACUAAACGGCCUAAGGAAAUGAUCAUGUUGUUUGUAAGUUAUACAAGUACAUUGGUGAUGAAUGCUUUUCAUUGGACAACAUUUCACUUUGAGUCAAGAGACUUUUUAUGUCAGUUUUUUGUUUUGCAAACUGCUCUGACUUGCUGUUGGGGAACUUAAAGGUUGUCUUUGGUACUGCUCUUUUAUAUAAUAUUCAUGCUUCGUAUGGUUUUUCAUGACAGAUGGAGCCUCUGACCUUAAAUUAACUUAAGAGACGACCUGAUGUUUCCUUAGCACGUCGUUUUAAAAACCGUGUUGAUUAUUUUCACAGCAGUUCCUGAUGCAGUACGACCCCGCUGACGGCUGUUCGUCAGCUACACUUUUUGUUUUUAUAUAUAUUGUACAAUUAGAACAUUAAAUGUGUGCAGUUUG